AUGACAGCUCACACUUACACGACCCUCGUUCUCGGCUUCGAAGUCUCCCCGGACGUAAAGUCCAAGCUGGACAAGACCUUCCAUACGGUCCACUAUCACCCCGAUGGGUCUAUCCCAGACAAGGCAUGGCGCGAGUCAGACGUGUGCUUUGCGAUGCCGAAUGGGCUACCUGAUACGCUCAAGCUGGAGCAGGUGCCGAAUUUGCAUUUGGUACAGAUCUUGUCUGCUGGGGCGAACAAGGUGCUGGAGGGAGAGUUCUUCAAAAAUGAGAAGGCAUGGAAGCAGAUCAGCGUAUCUACAGCAUCAGGUAUCCACGUCUACAGCAUCCCGCAGUACAUCAUCGGGCAAGCUAUCAGCUUGUAUAUGAACCUCCACCAGCAACACUGGUUACUCCGCAGCCGGAACAAAUGGGCUACCAAGCCAGACGUCGAGCUCAAGACUGCCCCUGGGACACCGACGAACUUCAUCUCGCUCCGUGGGAAGACGGCCGGUAUGCUGGGGUAUGGUCAUAUUGCGAGGGAAGCGGCACGGCUCUUCCAGGCACACGGUGUUAAUGUGAUCGCUGCGAACACGAGAGGAGAGAAGAGCAAGGAUACUGGAUUCAUUGUUCCCGGAACUGGAGACAAGAACGGCUCCAUCCCCUCAGCGUAUUACUCUACCUCAGACGAGAAGUCAUUCGACGAGUUCUUGAGUAAGACGGACAUCUUAGUUGCGAGUCUGCCGAGCACACCUCAGACUCAGUACCUUUUGAAGUCGAAACACUUCAAGGCACUGCGGGAGAACGCAAUCUUCAUCAAUGUAGGCAGAGGAGAUCUCGUCUCAUCGGACGUCCUCCUCGAAGCCCUUGAUGCCUCACCACCCCAUAUCCUCGCCGUCGGAAUCGACGUGACUGACCCCGAGCCUCUUCCUGACGGACACCCCCUCUUCACCCACCCCCGAGCUCUCAUCACCCCACAUACGUCCGGAGACUUUGCGGGGUACGUGGACGCGGCGACGGAGUUGCUCGUGGCGAAUGUGGAGCAGCUGCGGAAGGGUGGCGUGGCUUUCAACAAGGUCGAUCCUGCUCGGGGAUAUUAG